GUUGAAGCUGAGCUACUCAGUGACAGUGUGUACUACAGAGCAACCAGACAGGAGUAACUAGCAAGGAAACAGGGAGUCUGCACCGUGUCAGCUGAGGAAAUGAUAUGGAGACCUUGAAUUAACAUCAGACAAAAUGGCUGAUCUCGUAUUAUUCUGAACUCCCACUAUACCUGACUCUGAUACUUGAGCACCCAUUUGACACCCUUGUGUUUGCAACACAGAGUAUCCCAUCUGAGCAGAAUUCCUGGUUCCAUCUUAUGUUCCGAACCCGUCGUUCUGUUUCUACAAGGAAGCUUUGGAGGCAGCGCUGCACAACGCCAAAUAGGGGACAGGGGGAAGGGGCGUCCCCCAACCCCGACGAUCUCCAGAACGCCCUCCGGCAAGUGGCACACCAGCUCUUCAAGAAGCUGAAGGAUGAGCAGCUUUGGCAGCUGGCAGAAGCAGUGGAGUGCAAGGGGCGGUGGGAUUGUGGUUGUGUCUGGGUCCCAUGGGAUUCCAGGGCAGGGAAGCAGGGGCUAGCUCCUCAUGUGCUCCUCUGCAGACUCUACCGUUGGCCUGACUUGAGGCAAGCUGGCGAACUGAAGAGGCUACUUGAAUGUGAGGCCUACUGGAAGAAGAAUACUGACGGGGGCUUGCUCUGCUGCAACCCUUACCACUUCAGUCGGCUUUCAGCUCCAGAUGAGCCUCCCCCAUUAUCCUGCAAAGUCAGGGAGCCUACUAGGCCGGCUCUGACAGAAUCCUACAGCUAUCAUCCAAAUGUCCGAGGCUGGCAAGAUACCACUCUUUCCAGAAGCACUAACAGGGAUAGCUACUGGUGCAAAUUAGCCUACUGGGAGCACCGGACCCGAGUGGGACGUCUCUACAAUGUGAGUGAACCAUCUAUCCAUAUUUUCCAUGACCUGCCCAAGGGAAGUGGUUUCUGUCUGGGACAUCUGGGCUCAGAGUCCCGUAACGAGGCAGUCAAGCGUACACGAGUGAAGAUCGGGCAAGGAGUGAUUCUAAGCCGUGAAGUAGAUGGAGUGUGGGUAUAUAACCGCAGUGAUCAUCCCAUCUUCAUCAAUUCGCCCACUUUAGCCCCAAUAAAUACCCGUGGUCAGCUAGUCUACAAAGUGUUGUCAGGCUACUCAAUUAAAGUAUUUGAUGCAGAGCGGGCACUAAGCCUUUCUGGCUGUUCAGCCCUGGGCGAUGGGCCUUGUGACCCCCAUAGUGUGCGUAUCAGCUUUGCCAAGGGCUGGGGGUCCUGCUAUUCUCGCCAGUUCAUCACCUCCUGCCCCUGCUGGCUGGAAAUUCUUCUCAAUAGACCGAGAUGAGCAACUAUAAACAACUUCAGGAAAUUAUUUUCAUUAUCCAGUUCACUUAAAAGCCAACUACAUUUUGAAAUGAUAUAUAACAUUUGGAAAUUAAUUUUACCAGUUUUAUCAACCACAGUAUACAUAAUCCAUCAUCGGCACAAUCACGCAAAUAGACAUAAUAUCCAAAAUCUAUCAUCUUGCACAGCUGUAAGCGAUUACAGUAGCCAGACUUCAUCAUUCAUAACAGAAGUAGAGUACAUUGUGCCAUCCUAUUUAUAAAUAUCUACUGGAAAUUGCUCUGAACUAAUCAUCCAAUACAACCACAGUAUCCAGACUUCAUCAUCAUUAUCAUCAUAAUCAAGGCAUAAUCAUAAUGCCAUUAAUAGAGAUAUUUAUACUUAUCUACCACGUAGUGUUCCUGCACUGGCUCUGUCCUCUCUGCCAAUAUCCUUCCUGAAUACUACUCUUGAGCUCCCUCAUAAGGGCUGCCAUGUAUACAUAUCAAUUGGAUGCCUCUACUAAUACACUGGCUCUCCCAAUAUCUACUGGACAUUACUAGGAGUUCUUACACCAGCCAAGCCAUCUAUAUCUAUUGGAUACUGCUAUAAGCUGCUGUGCCUGCUCUGCCAUCUAUAUCUCACAUCUGUCCGUAUGUAAUGGAUAUAUAUAAUUAUAUGUAUCUAGUAGAUAGCUCUAAGCUCAUGCUUCACCAUAUAUAAUAAAGAUAUGCGGCAAAGAGACGGCACUCACUGAUCCUUUUCACAGCAACACAUUUUUAAUUGCAAGUUCCCAUCCAAAUAUGUGUGUUUGUGUACUUUUUGCCUCUCUGCAUUAGCCUUAUAUAUAUGUAUAUAUAUAUAUAUAUAUAUAUAUAUAUAUAUAUAUAUAUAUAUAUAUAUAAACUAUUAUCUACUGGAUACUGCUCUGAGCUCCUCUGCCAACUAUCUAUAUCUACCAGUUAACUGGACAGAAUGGUAUUUCAACAAUAUGUAAUAAACUGUACUACAAUAUGUAAACCAAUGGACAUUUAACUGCUUGGGUCUGAAAUGAGGCCAUUUGGCUAGCAUGGACUGCAGAGUCAUGGAUCUUAUCUUACAUUGCAAUAUCAGCGCAUAGCUGACAGGAGUGCCAGGCAAUGGGGUCUGAUCUAACAUGGCUGAAUGGAGCUUCAGGGCCUGAUCUGAGGUCUCAUCGAUUUCUCACCUUCUGAUUUUCUAUGGCUACCCAUUGCCAUUCAUUAUUUUUGUGGAGAACAGCCAACUACUUCUACCUGCUUCUAGCUCCUGUACUGACUCUGCGAUGUUUAUGUUGUUACUGGAUACCUUUUGAGAACCAGUUUUUAUUUAUAUACAUAGCUAGUGCAUUUGGCUGUGAGUAUAUGUCCUGAAUACUACUCUUGGGAGCCACAUUGACCCUUUGGUCAGCAUACAUAUCGUCUGACUACUUUUAUCCAUUCCUGCAUGGCUGUUAUCACCUUUGUAAGGAUUCAACUCUAAAUAAGCCACCUGGCUUUAUACAUAUAUUGAGUGGCUAUUCCUGUAAGCUAUUAUACCAGCUAUAAAAUAUGUAGCUAUAUUUCAGAACUAUGUGACACAUGGUUAUUAAUAUGCAUCAAAAGUUAUUGGAUUUUUUUUUUUUUUUUGGGAUCAAACUGAAUCUUAAUUCUAAUCAUUACAAACAAUUUCAAAAUAUCUUGACUUUGGGACCCGGAAUUAUCUCACUUUAUGUACUGCCAAUAUUUAUAUCCAUGAAAGAGUUGCAAUAUACUAUGUUCACAAAUAUUUUUGCAUGAAAAAAAGUUAUAUCAUAAAUUUAUAUUUAAACUUACAGGAAAUAGGUGUUAUGUGCAUAAGGAUUCAUUGUUCAUUAGUUUAUAAGGAAAACCCCUACAGCUCCAUUGGCUUAGAGAAGUCACAUUGCCACAACCAUACAAAAGAUGGUUCAUUCAGUACAUAAGCCUCCAAUAAAAAAAGACAGAAAUAAAGAAUAUAUAUAUAUAGACAAAUAUCAUAUUAUAUGUGCCUUUAAGCUCUGCUAUUUGGGUAUAAUAAACAGGGAGCCGGUGUAGUAAAGAGAAAUUUCACGUAAUAGACGAUUAACAUGGGAUGUGAUAGGUUACAGUGGGUGAUCCUUAUAUACUCUAGUAUAUAAUGUGAUGAUGUGGCAUGGUAAAAUGCCAUGUUGUUCCCUGCUGGCUGUUUUGCUUAUAAUAUAUUUAAUGAGGAUAAAGACAUGUAUGUGCAGAGAGAAUAUAUCUACCUAUUUACUGCUAGGGAUUAUUAGUCAGGUACAAAAUGCAUGGACAGUAUACUGAUUUGUCUAGCAAUUAUAUGGUUGCAACAAAAGGGAAAAAUGGGGAAGAAGGAGACUGAUUAAAAAAAAAGUGAUGUUGUGAAAAGUCAAGGGAAACAUUUGAAUUCUCCCAAGCAAGAGAUAAAUUCAAGAGAAAAGCCAGUGCCAUGAAAAGGGACUGUAAAAUAUAGCCUCAGAUUUACAGGCCAGAUUAGCAUAUUAUGUUUUCAGUAGAAAGGAGCAAGCAUCAUGGCUACGUGGCAUUACAAGGGUUAACUUUUAAAACAAAGAGUUAUACAGUAAGUGUGAGAGUGAGUAGUGAAGAGAGGAACAAAAGAAUAGGAUAAUUAGAACGUUAACAAGGUGGUGAAUAAGAGAAAUCAGAUGAUGAAGGAUUUAAUUUGAUCAGUUGGAAUAACUGAAGAUUGGGUCACAUUUGCAGGUUAGAAGAGAUGAACAAGUUGUUGCAAGUCAAUAUAUAUAAUAUAACAUCAAACCAAUCUAUCUUUAUUUGUUAAUUUUCUGAAGAAAUGCUGAUUUUAAGUUGUAGGGUAUUAGAUAACCAAAUUGUUGUCACUAGUAGAUUAGACUUCUAUCUAAAGUAAUAAAUCCUAAUUUAUCUAGAAAAUGAUUUAAAUCUGAGCUUUGUAGGAUGAGUGAAUGAAUGAAUAGAAUAUAUGGACAUAGUAGUUUUAGUUAUAUGCAAUUUGAAUCAGUGACUUGGUCUAAAUUCAGUAACAAUUCAAAGAACUUGCAAAUGCCAAAGAAUCUCCAAGUUCUAAAUUUGGGUCACCAAGAACUAGCAAGGUCCAUCAGUUUGGUUAGUCUUUUUAAAUGCAAAAAAUAUGAACCAAAGUGAUCAAUUUUUUUUUAUUUUUUUUAUAAGCUCUAAGUGGAAAAUUUAAAGGGACAGAAAAGUAAAAAUUAAACUUUCAUGAUUCAGAAUGAGCAUAUUCCAAUCUUUCCAAUUUACUUCUAUCAUCUAAUUUGCUUUGAUCUAUUGAUUUCCUUUUGUUGUAAAGCAUUCAUAGGUAGGCUCAGCAGCAAUGAACUACUUGGAGUUAGCUAGUUGAUUGGUAUCUGAACACAGAUGCCUAUUGUCAUUGUCUAAACAAAUGUGUUCAGCUAGCACCGAAUAGUGCAUUGCUGCGCCUGCAAUAAAGGAUGCCAAGAGAACAAAGCAAAUAUUGAAGCCUGAACAUUACUUAUGAAAGCGAAAUUUUGGGUUUCAUCUCCCUUUAAUAUAAGUUUUAUCCUAGAAAAAUAACAGAUGUAAAGAUUCUCUAUUUCCAAGUGUACCAGAUAAACUGAGAUUUACAACAUCUUGAUUUUGAGGGUACAAUUGGUUUUCAGAAGAAAUCCCACUUAAACAUGCUGAGCUUGCUUCUGUCAUAAUCACUGUCUGCCACAAGAUGGCAGUACUUAUUCAUAAGUCUAUACUAAGCUAUUGAGCUGAAUUUUAACAUUUGUUUUAUUAUGUAUUCAAGAAGUAAAUGAAUGAUUUUAAAAAGCAAAAUAUUAUGACUAUUACAUUAUAUGAUUAUGUAUCACACUGUAUGUAUCAACUUAAUAUAUAUAUAUAUAUAUAUAUAUAUAUAUAUAUAUAUAUAUAUAUAUAUAUAUAUAUAUUUAUAUUAAUAUAUAUUUUUAUUAGGGGAAGGGAUUUCAACCUACUGACUUUGUAUUGGGAAAUAUGCCUUUCAGCUCUUCUCAUGUUUUAGUGCAUGUCUGUGCCCCAGAUUACACUGUACGCUCAGGGGUUGGGUGAGGCCACCACUGGGGCACCGUAAUGUAGACUGUUAAUAUAUACAAAUAAAUUAUUCUUGUUAUACACA